GUUGACCAUGCUAUUUUAGGUAAAAAUGGUUGCUGUGAUCUAUUCUUCAGAUUUCCUUAUUUGAUUACUCAUGAAGACGUCAUGUCUUAGAAGCAUCAUUUGACAGGAAUGUUGUCCUAUUGAAUCAGCUCAGUCUCAUACUUCCUGAAGCUAAAAACAACAUCAUCCGUCUUCAAGGAAGUAUGCCUUUUGUUCGUGGCAGUGGGAUGGCCCAUGUUUGUCACCUGUGAAGGGGCGGCAGUCACACACACACACACACACUGCACUGACAGACAACUUCCUUCAUUAAAAUACAAAUAUGCAUUUUCCAAGCACCUUGGACCAAUGUGAGAUGCAUUGAAAGGAUUUACUUGUUUUCUGAUCGUGUGGGAGUCCGUCAAAAGAGGCAGAAUGCGGGACAUGCUGGAAAGGCUGCAUACCAUUAGUGAGGAGAACGACACUGGUUCAGAAUUUUGUGGACCUGAGUAUGAUGAAGACAAGUUGAGUCUGUCUCAUGAGGCAGUUAUAUUUGAGAACACUUCAGAAAUUGAUGACAUUUUAAAGGAGGCACACUCCCUACGCAAGGAGAUCUCCCUGCUUCAGUUAGAGGUGGAACGUCUUAACACCCAUAAUGAACGCUAUGCCACCUCUGUGAACCGCCUCACCCUACUCAAAAAGGACUCUGAUUCCAUCGCCAAGAGGAUCCAGCAACGCGGGGAGGCCCUAUACAACCGGCUUCAGGCCCUGGGUGACGAGAAAAAACAGCUGGAGGUUAAAGAGGGUCCCAACUCUGCUGUUAGUCGCAUUGCCAGAGUUCAGUAUGACACACUGACCCGUGCCUUCCAUGAUGUUAUGAAUGAGUACAACGAGGCAGAGGAGAUGCAGAAAAAGACAUGCCGGGGGAGGAUCCAGAGGCAGGCCUCUAUAAUGGGGGCACAAAUCACUGAUGACCAGCUGGAUGUGAUAGUUGACAAAGGUGGUGAGGGGUGGGAUGAGCUGUCCCAGAGCCUGCAGAUCCCAGGUGGACGUUCAUCCCGCUGGGCAAUGUGUGAGAUCAAGGGCAGACACAGGGAGCUGGUGGAUUUAGAGGCCAGACUGAAGGAGGUGCACAAUCUGUUCCGGGAUAUGGCCAUGCUGGUAGAGGAGCAGGGAUGCAAGAUUAAUACCAUUGAGGCUAAUGUGUGUGCCACUGUGGAAUAUGUCGACAAAGUCAACGAUGAGAUGAAGAAAGCCCUACAGUACAGGAGGAGAAAUCCUUUCCUGCACUGUUGCCCUUGUCUACCUUGUUGGAGACACAACCAAACUUUUUAGGGCUUAUUUUGACUUUGAAUUAUCCAAAAUGGAAUUUUAUGGAUGAUUUGAAAAUCGUAAACAAAAUGUAUCUGUGUAAGAUUUAAUGGAUAACUAAAGAAAUUUUAUGCAAUGUGCCUAAUUCAUGGUAAAUAUGCCUUUACAAGCACACUCAUGAAUUACCAGCUGUCUAAAAUGUUAUUUACAGUAAAAA